AUGGAUAACGUAUAUUCAUCAACGCAAAAAGAAUCUCUAUUCACAACCAGGUUGCCUAGCGGUGAGGAGCAAAGAAGCACUGCUCGAGUUUUCCAUGAGGAGGCUGCUCCCCCUCCAAAGAUAAAGGCUACACAAGAGAGUCCUCUUCGAAUUCGGACCAUUGAGACAGCAACUGCUGCAGAAAUCGAGCAAAUACGUGUACUUAAAAGGGGAGAGGAGCUGAGAGAAGUUAUGGAGCAGCACAGACAAGAAGUGGAUCCACAAUCGCGAAAGCGAAAACUGCGAAAAAUGAAGAAGUCGAAAAAACUGUCGAAGAAGAGCAAAUCCUCAGAUGUAGAUAGCGCUGAAGUGUCCUCAAAAGGGAAAUCAUCGGAAGAGUACAGAAAGCCUGAAGUGACAACGCCUCAAACGGUGAGUACAAAUACAACUAUUUCAAGUCAAGGGAUUUUAGAAUUUUCUGAGAGAGGAAAUUCAUUUUUGAAUUUUCUGGAAGAGAAAAUUCAUAUUUAAUC